ACCGAAAAACACUAUGAUUAAGUUACCAUAAAAAUACACCAAUGGCAGAGCAAACAGAGUCGCUGAAAAACCCUGCAAAAUCUACAGUCUGGACAACCCCUGCUCCCAAAAUCCCUUCUUUUCAGACUCUACUACUUCUAUACCUACGGAUUCUACUCUGUCAUUGUCUCUUCUUCAAACCCUCUUUUCACUUUCUUCCAUUUCCCUUUCUGCACUCAUUUUGACCUCAAAUCUUCCCCACUUCGUCGCCACUCACCGACGCCGUUUCCCUGGUUUUCAAACCAGGUGGACAACGCCCUCCAGAGUAGUCUUACCAUGUGCAUGCGUUCUUUUGGAGCUGUUAAUUAUGUUGUGUUUAAUACCACAUACCAUGGCAGGCUACAGAUGAAAUAGAGUUCUCAAUUUGAACUUAGAACUUCUUGAUAUUUACAUUUAAGCCAUGACAGAGGCUAGAUAUCAAGUAGAGCUAGUGUUCAACUUAAAACUCCCUGCAUUACCUAAGCACUUCUUGAUUGUGAUCACCAGGCCGGUGAGGGUGUUGCCAUAUCUUUUUCCCCACAACAAUAGGCAUUAAACCUUAUGAACGGUUCCUGCCAUUCUUCUUUGUUUGAUAACCUAAUUAUUUUAAUGUUCAUAUUAGAAACUCCAAACUUUUGUUCUGCAGAAAUUUUAUCACUUGGGUAUUUGUCAUUUUUUCAAGAUCUUUACAAAAAUCUAAUUUGUGCCCAGUCGUUUCUAGUUGUACUUGUCCUUGAUGGAUUAUUAGAGUUCAAAUUUACUAUGGAGAGUUCUGAUGAUGAAAAGGAUGGAACUUAUGGGAAAUACGUUCCAAGAGAACCGAGUCAUAAUCUAGUAUCUAAUGGUGCAAAAUUUGUAGAUGAAGUACUCAAUGGACAAAAUGAACGUUGUUUAGAUUAUUUCCGCAUGGACAAGCACAUAUUUUAUAAGUUGUGCGAUAUUUUGCAAGCCAAAGGCUUACUGCGUCAUACAAACCGCAUUAAGAUUGAAGAGCAACUAGCCAUAUUCAUGUUUAUUAUUGGUCACAAUCUUAGGACACGAGCAGUUCAAGAGCUGUUCAGAUAUUCGGGAGAAACAAUAAGUCGCCAUUUUAACAAUGUAUUGAAUGCGAUUAUGGCAAUAUCAUUGGAUUUUUUUCAACCUCCAGGAUCCAAUGUUCCUCCUCCAGAAAUUUUAGAAGAUCCAAGAUUCUAUCCUUACUUUAAGGAUUGUGUGGGGGCAAUUGAUGGCAUACACAUCCCUGUGAUGGUUGGUGUUGAUGAGCAAGGACCUUUUCGAAAUAAGAAAGGACUACUUUCUCAAAUUGUUUUGGCAGCAUGCUCAUUUGACCUCAAGUUCCAUUAUGUUCUAGCAGGAUGGGAAGGAUCGGCAUCCGAUUUGCAGGUUCUGAACUCAGCACUUACUAGGCGAAACAAACUACAUGUCCCUGAAGGUAAGUACUACCUUGUGGACCAAAAAUAUAUGAACAUGCCUGGUUUUAUUGCCCCUUAUCAUGAUAUCCCCUAUCAUUCAAAGGAAUAUCCUGGUGGUUAUCAUCCACAAGAUGCCAAAGAGCUAUUUAAUCUACGGCAUUCAUUGUUGCGCAAUGCAACUGAUAGAACUUUUGGAGCUCUAAAGGCACGCUUCCCCAUACUAUUGUCAGCUCCUCCUUACCCAUUACAGACACAAGUUAAGUUGGUUGUUGCAACAUGUGCGAUUCACAAUUACAUUCGGAGGGAGAAUCCUGACGAUUGGCUCUUUAGAUUAUAUGAACAAGACCAUGUUCCACAUAUGGAGGAUUCUUUGCCUCAAUUGGACGCAGAACAGUUGACAACACACAUUGAGACUCCAAUUGUGGACAUUGCUUUUGAGACGGAAGAACUAGAAAUUACAUCACAGUUGCGGGAUACUAUUGCAGCUGAAUUGUGGAGUGACUACAUUAAUGAUAUAUCACCCAUGUAAAUUAAAUUUAUGUUAUCAUAGCUUCUAAGUAGGUCAGAAAUCUUUGGGAACAUAAGAAAUACACAAAUGGGGUCUGAUUUUGAAGGUGUAUAUUGGCAUUACUAUGUUCAUAUGAAAAAAAUAUAAUAAUGAACAUUGUUUCUCUCAGGUUUUUGCAAAAGUGUACUACAUAGGGUGUACUAAUGGUGCCCGUAAUCUCAACUGUUCUUUUUGUUUGUAAUACGAUAUUGAUAGUCCAAAUGCGACAAACAAUCACUGUGGAACUUUGGAGACAAA